GAGUCUCUGUGUGAUGUGUGUUUCGCGUUCAUUUCUCCAGCGGUUCCAGCAGGUUUGCUGGUAUGGGUCCGUGGCCUGCUGUCUGUUCUGCGUAUUUGUGAAGUUCGCCUGGUACAGAAGCCCGAAUCCCGUGUCAAUGGGCGUGGCCCUCCUUGCGGCAUUCUUGGACCGCAUCCUCUGGACGCUCUUCCUAGUAUGGAUCACGCUCGCGUGCUCCACGGGGCGAGGUGGGGCUCUAUCGAAGCUGCUAUCCUGGAACGCUUACGUGCCACUGAGCAAGCUCUCCUUCGGCGUCUACCUCAUCCACGUGCCUUUCCUCCACCUCUUGUUUCACGCGUCAAGGGAACGAACGUUCUGGUCGGUGUUCAAUCAGCUCACGUUGCUGUUUCUUCUGCUCGUCUGGAGCUUCUUGCUCUCCUAUUUAUCUUUUCUUAUUUGCGAGGCACCGACUGCUGCUCUCGACAAGUUGUUGUUCACCAGGCUAAUUGGAGGAGGAGGACGAAGAGGAGAAGGAAACUCGGAAAAGACACAACCUGAAAACAAUCACGGCGUUAGCGACGUGAAGAAACCGGAGACUGCCGAAGACUGCGUCUGCUCACGCUGCUAAGCGGACAGCAAGCUGGGGACGUGACGUCUGCUUCUCCAAUCACGGCGAGACUCUAUUCCUAAGCGGAAUAUUGUGGCAUAGCAAGCAACUCAUAUCCUAAACGGUGCACAUAUUGCUUGAAAUCUGCCAUUUAUUACCGCUUUGAGCUGGUGACUUUUGCGCCAAUAGUGCUGAGGACGAUGUUACAGGUCGUACUGCCACCUUGUAGUGAUGGGAUGGUAGGUAACCCCGAAAGAGGAGGAGUUGAGAAAGGAGGAAGAGUUGAGUGUACUUCCUUUGCGUAGUUAAUAGAGGACUUGGAAGGGAAUACAAGCUACGCGUCUUGGUCGUGUUCCCUGUAACAGUUGCUGCACAUCAGGCAACACAGUGAAGAAUCAUGCACGAUUUUGCCGACCUAAUGGACUAUAUCGUUGUCAGCAUCUUUUUUUAUCAGCGGUAGAACAAAGUGCUGGUAGUUUGUGUGAUAUUGAGAUGCUCAAGUGCUGCAGUUCUUAACCAGCACGUUAAAGAACCACAAAUCAAGAUAAUCCACCUCCUUCCACUAUAACGUGUGUCUGCUUGUAUUUUUUUCGUUUUCUAUACUUUUGCCGUCUGCUAGUUCAUGACCAACCUUCUUUCCAUUUCAUCGAUUCUGAUGUGCUGAUAUUUUUUGACACUGUUCUUCCUCGCCCUUAAGUGCAAUGCUUUCAGUUUAUCUCGAAUAAGCUUUUACGAUGCGAUUGAGAGUGAUUGAUUUUUGUAACCUCUGCCCUUUACCGCUAUGUCAAUCCAACAUCUGUACCUCACGUUUUCGUUUCACUGUUAACCACUCCCCCUUUGGAUGCCAAAGGGCAGCUGGCAGUAUUGUGUAUAUAUAAGCAAACAAACAAAUCAAUGAAUAAAUGAAUAAAGAAUAACAUAUAAU